AUGUCUACAUCAACAGCAGUGAAACCAAACAUUACUCUACUACAACCACAAUCUGUAGUCAUUACGAGUCAAGAUCAAAUUAAAAGUAAAUUAGAAGAGAAUCAAAUAUUAAUACAAUCAAUCUUUGAGAAUCAAAAUGCAUCUAGAUUACAAGAUUGUUUACAAUAUCAGUCACAGCUACAUGGUAAUUUGUUAGCACUUAUUGGUAUUAUUGAUAUUCAAACCUCUCAACUUAACCGACAACAUGCAAUGCUUAAAACACCACAGCAACAACAGCAACAACAACAACAACAACCACCAGUUGGUAUGCCGAUAACUACAGAUUCUACAACUACAAAUGCUAAUUCUCCUUUGGGAUCUACUACUAUUGUUGGUGCUGCUAAUAAUAAUAAUAAUAAUAAUACUACAGCUGCAACGACGACUACUACGACGAUAACAACACCAAACAUGGCUAUUCCCGAAACUCAAACACAACCGAUAUCACAAGCUACACAAAGACCAAUGGGAACGAUCGUACAUCCUCCUCAACAACCUCAACCACAACAACAACAACAACAACCGACCACCAUUGUUUCACCACCUGUUUAUUCAUCACCUGUACAAAAUCAACAACUACCAAACCAACAGACCAAUAAUGUUAAUACUCCACAACAACAACAACCUAUUACACCUCAACAACAAACUUCCUCCAACUUGGCAGCUGCUACCAAUGUAGCUGCUGCUACCGCGGUAGGACAACCAACACGACAACCAUCACAACCACAAAUCAAGCCACCUGCACAGACACAACCGGCGACAGGCUCUACUGGGGCUGCCCCAACCAAUUUUGCAGCGAUGAACACCCAACAACUGUUGCACACGGGUCAGCAACUAAACAUCUACAUUCAGCAAUACCAGGCACAGAUGACCCAGACUACGCAGCAGAUGCAGAUGCAAUCUGGCAAUCCCGUCGCACAAGCACAGCUACAACAACAAUACACUCAACUUUCAAACACACUCGCAGCACUUCAACAACAAUUCAAUCAGUUGAAAGCGUACUUGCAAAGACAACAACAGGCAAUCCAACAACAACAGCAACAGCAACAACAACAACAACAACAACAACAGCAACAGCAACAAUUACAACAAACUCAACAACAGCCUGUCCAACAACAACAACAACCACAGAUACAACAACAACAACAAACUCAAAUACAACAGCAACCUGUCCAACAACAACAACCACAGGUACAACAACAACAACCAACACAACAACAAGUACAACAACCAAUACAACAGGUUCAACAACCAAUACAACAACAACAAAAUACAUUUGCUACUCCACAACAACCACAACAACAACCAUCACUAACUCAACAACAAGUAGCAGCAUUGCAGUUACAAAUCAAGGCCUAUAGAGAGCAGCACACUGCAUUGACGGUCCAGAUUCAACAGCAUCGGGCAUUGUUGGCGCAGUUGCAGGCACUCCCUACCAACACACUGACACCACAACAGCAGCAGCAACAACAAUACUGUAUUUCCACCGUCCAAACAUUGGAGAACAAUGCCCACUAUUUACACCAAAUAACAACCAACCCAUCCUCCUAUUUACAACUCCUACUUCAACAACAACCUCAGUUUUUGGCCCAACAACAAGCUCAACAAUUGGCAUUACAACAAGCUCUGCAACAACAACAACAACAACAGCAACAAUUACAACAAAAUCAACAAUUACAACCACCUGUUGCAAUGCAACAACAACAACCAGUCGCAGUACAACAACCAUUGGCACCACCAAUAACACCACAACAACAAUUUCAAAAUCCAUCAUCACCUCCAUUGUCAAACUCCACUUCAAGUGUAGCAGCUUCGCCCUCAAAAGAACCCAGCAGGAAAAAAUCAAAAUCAUCAUCUUCAACCUCAUCGGAAUCAUCUCACACCAAACAAGCGUCAUCACAUUGGACACCAGAUGAACAUACACUCUUUUUAGAGGCAUUAUCAAAAUAUGCAGUUAAAGAUUACCAAGGUAUCUCCUCUCAUGUUAAAACGAGAACACCCAAUCAGGUGAGAACUCAUCUCAACACUCAUAUGCGAAAUCAAAAGAAAAAGGAACAAACCCAAGUAUUGGCUGCAUCGGGCGGUGUCGAGUCAUUCUCAUCGCCACUUUCAGUUCAAACGCCAAGUUCACCUCCACAAUCAUCUCCUCCUAUUCCAAGUGAAUUGGCUUCUUCAACAACUUCAAUGGGUGUUCCUCCUUUUAAAAGAAAAUGA